AUGGCAGACCACAAGCAGGCCAACGACGGUCGGGUUCGCAAGCGGGCCUCGAAUGCGUAAGUACUGCAUCCUGACUCGCUUCUGCCUCGCGCCGCUGAUACGCGCUUUGGCACUGGCUCGCUAACACGUUAUGCAGAUGCGAGCGAUGCCGAAGACAGAAGAUCAAAUGCUCUGGCACCGUACCCUGCGAGCAGUGUAGUCGACGUUCUGUGCGGUGUAAUUUUGACGAGAAGCAGCAGAAGAUCCUGGUGACCCAGAGGUAUGGUCGUUAUUGCCGUUUCGUGCUUUCAAUCUGCUAAAGUGUUGACUCGCAGCUAUAUUGCCGAGCUCGAGCGAAGAGCCGGUGUUGCCAAAAACGGCGAUAGUAGAGCCCACGACAAUGGAAUCGACGUAGACGAAGACAGCCAUGCUCUGAAUGGCCAAGGUGCGACCCAGUUGAUUCGUGUCCCUUACCGCAUGGCUGACAGGAUCAGAUGCCGAACCAGCAACGCCGAGAGACAACAGUCCGACUCCAAGCGAAGCUGGCUUCGAUGCCGACCCCUCGGAAUCGGAGCACUCAAACCACAACGGACUUCGCAGUGAGCCAGUCGCCGGGCUCACUAAUCCCCUGGAUCCCGUCAAUUCCGAUGCCUUCACCGUAAAUAACUCUGCUAGACGCUGUAAGCUUCCCCAGAUCUCCGCUAGGCUCUGGUGUCUGAAAACCUUGCUAGUCGGGGUCAGAUCUCGUAGAUUGCUUCAACGCUAAUCUAUCUGAGCAAGAUUUCCUUGGUGUAUCCUCGAAUUGGUCGUUCGGUAGACGCGUGUUGAGUUUGGUACAUAUCAAAGUCAACGGCGCUCCUCCACCAACAGGCUCACUUUUGUUCGAAGGCGCAACGUACGACCUCGGCUGGGAUGGCCACAGAACAUCGUCGACAUCUGUUGACACGUCGGGACUACCAACCGCGGAUUUCGCCCUAUUCUUAAUCAAUGCCGUGAAGUUCCAUUGUGGACGGCUGUUCCACAUGUUUGAUGAAGCAGCUUUCAUGCACUACUUCAGCAUAUACUACGAGGAUCCUGGAAAUGAGAGCAACUAUCCGCGGCUCUGGUACAUCCACUUUCUGCUCGUCCUAGCUUUUGGCAAGGCGUUCAUAGUACGAGCGGCAAAAGGAAAGAGGCCUCCUGGAGCCGACCUGUUCGUCCAAGCUAUGCAGCUUCUGCCGGACAUUACCUGCUUGUACACUGAUGCCAUGCAAUCGAUAGAGAUACUGUGUUGUACAGCACUCUAUUUGCAAUGUCUGGAUUAUCGAAGCGCUGCAUACAAUACUGUAAGGCUUUCAUGGUCCCAGUCUUAACUCGCUCUACUAACACUCAUAGAUUGGCCAAGCAAUGAGAAUGGCGGUAGAGCAAGGCAUGUACACAGACAUGCGAAGCCUGCACCUCUCAGAACCCGUGGUGGAGCGAUGCCGCGCGAUCUGGUGGACAGUGUACGUACUGGACAGACAGAUGACGGCGAUGAUGGGUGUUCCCAUGAGUCUUUCAGACGACGAUAUUACAGCGCCUUUACCUUCGUUUUCUGGUUCUGCCAAGAAGCAGCUAGCUAUGGGGCUGCACGUAGAACUGGCCAAAGCAAACGCCGUCAUACUGCAAAGUGAGUUUUACGACCCCUUUGUACAGCUAUCUACUAAUCUCGAAUUGCAGCGGUCUACGGUAAGACCGGCGGACGGAGUGAGCGAUUUUUAUCAAGCAUGAAAGAUGCCCUUCGAACGAUUGCGCAAGCAAACGACGAGCGCAAUAAUUCCUUUCCCCUACAGCUAGAGUCACCAGCCAGUGGAGUCUGCAGGCUUUCGGCAUAUUUGCAUUUGUUUCACCAUCAAGUGAGUGUUCAUUCAGUUGGUUCUAAGAACCACCAACGCCAUAAUGAGCUUGGUUACUGACACUGAGACCAGGCUUUAAUCCUUGCCACAAGGCCUCUUCUCUUCAGCUUUCUACAAAAGCGCCUCGAAACACAUAAAUCCUUGCGUGUAUCGUCCUCCCGCGGAGGAAGGUCAUUACUGCGAGUCUGUGUUGGAUCUGCACAGCAGUGUCUAAACAUACUGGAGACUCUUCAGUCUCAAAGCUUGCUUGGUAUUAAAGUCCCUCUCUAUCAAGACUAUCAUUGCUAAUGAAAUCUACAGAAAGCUUCGUCCCGUUCGACCGCGAGGCCGCAUUUUCUGCGGCGCUCGUUCUCACAAUAGCUACACAUGUCGACCCAUCUUUGGUCAAAGAUUCAGACCCGCGACUCGAGACGGCAAGCAGCAUUCUGGACGAAAUGGCAAGUCGAGGAAAUCUCAUUGCCGAGCACCAAAGACAAGAACUGGAACAGUUGGCAUCUAUCUUGAGCAAGUCGCGAGAAAUGGCGAAUGCUUUGCGAGAAAGCCAGCAGCAAGGUCAACUGAACACUCCUGGCAGUACUGAGAGUUACGCUAUAGCCCCGUCGGAGGGCAUGAUUGGUAUGAACGAGCAGAUGCCAGGGGAUAACUUUGACAGCAUUGGCACUCUUCUGAGCGAAUGGAACUCAGAGGACGGGCUUAGUGGUGAGCAUUUGAUGGCGGUGGCUGAUUCGCUGGACUUUGGCCAGCUGAAUUGGCCUGCCAUGGGAGACAUCGACACCGGCGAGGCAUGGAUAUGA